GUCAAGGUAGCACCAGCGACUAGCUUGGGAUUCCUUGUUUUUGAGUUGGCCAAACGAGAGAUUGAUUUUAGAAGUCAAUAGAGACAUAAUAACCUUUCCUUCAUCUGUACGAUAUUCCUUCCAUCCCCUCAUCAUCUAUAAUAUACCAUGACCGCCUAUCUAUUCAGGGUGAGACUACCUUAGUUUAGAAGAAGUAGUUGCCUUUUCCAAUUUGAGCCACGUUUCAACGUACACAAGAAUCAUUGAUGCCCACGCGGACAUGUAUUUAUUUGUGCACAGGGUAAUCCCACUAUUUCUUUACAGUGUAACCCUGGUCUUGCAAUUGUUACGCGUGGCCACCUUGUUACUUUUCUCCGAUAGAAAAAUAAAGCCUCUUGAAAGCUUAUACUACUUGUUCUUCCUCCUUUCACUACUCUUCUCAAUGAAACCGAUAUUAGCAAUACUAUUGUUCAUUGCCGUGGCAGCAAAAGCAGAUUUAUAUUCCAACGGCCAGUAUUUCGGUCCGGGAAUCAUAAUCAUAGAUGCUCCCGCUCCCAAUUCCACAUACCAGGUCAACACCACCAUGCCGAUUGCAAUCGACGUCAGCCUAGAUGGCAAGAUAACAAAGGACGAAACUGUGGAUCGAGUUUCCAUCUUCUUGACGAAACCUGGCUUCAAUCUGACUGUGAAGAAUCCAUUGGAUCUUCAGAGCGAACCAGGCUCAACCGUAUUGCAUCCAAACUAUUUGAUUAACAGCUGUGUCCCCGCUGGCAACUACAAUCUUUCGUUCUAUGAAUUAGACACCAUCAAUGGAAGUACAGUGUUCUCUGAGAUCAAUAUUCCCGUCUCCGUCAAUACUCCCGCUGGUUGGAGUCAACAGCCAGCAUGCCAAAGUAAUCUUCAAGCACCCAGCAGUGGUAGCAACAGCAAUAUCGGCACCAUCAGCAGUAUGGCCAUUGCCAACAAAUGCGGCUUAUCGACAGCCGCUAUUGUCAUAUUCAGCAUUUGCUUCCUUUCUUAACUUCUCUACGAACGCCCGCUUUAUGUCUGUUUUCUUUUCUUAUGAUGUCCUUCGCCUUAUUCUUCCUUGGUUUCGAACUUUAAUAUCGAACGACUAGUCCCUUUAGAUAUUCCCCAUCUCUUUGGUUUUAGCUCGUCAUCCUGCCCUGGAUAGGAUAUCUCUAGAGUUAU